AAUCAUUAUCAUACACAUGACAGAAUUACUUGGAGCUGCCAAAUUCACCGACCUGCCCUCUCUGGACCUAUUAUUCGGGAACUAUAGCUUACGCCGAUUUCACGUAAUUACAACUUGUCACUAUCAGCUAUUACAUAACUCCCCACCCCAUUUGCCGAUAGCUUCAACAGCCCCUCCUCCUCUUCCCCAAUUUCCCCCGCUUGGACUUUUGUCUCACGUUUACAAGUUGAUUUCCUGAUAAAAACCCCUUUUUCGCUCAACAUAUGAACUCGUUGCGGGCGUCGCAGCGGUUGAGAUUUCUUGUUCCGUCACUGCAAAAGAAGCCGUCGUUUGUCCCACCAGUCAAGUUCUACAACCACCUCGGCCUCUCCCUCCUCAAGAAGCUCUCCUUCCCCGACGCAAAAUUCGACCUCUACUUCCUCGGCUACGACGCCCCCGGCGCCGUCUCCCACGGGAAGAACCUCUGGGACAGGGAAGGCCUCAUCGAGCUGACGCACAAUUACGGCACCGAAAACGACCCCGAGUACAAGAUUAACAAUGGCAAUGUUGAGCCCUACCGUGGUUUCGGACAUACUUGCAUCAGCGUUGACAAUAUCCAGGCUGCCUGCCAGAGGAUCGAGGACGCGGGCUACAAGUUCCAGAAGAAGCUCACGGAUGGAAAGAUGAGGCAUAUUGCUUUUGCGCUUGAUCCGGAUGGGUACUGGGUUGAGAUUAUUGGGCAGAGGCCGGUGGAGGAGACGGAGGGGGUGAGGGAGACGGAUUUGGGGACGUAUAGGAUGAAUCACACCAUGAUUCGGGUCAAGGAUGCGGAGAGGUCGCUUGAGUUUUACCGGGAGGUUAUGGGGAUGAAGCUUUUUAGGACUCAUGAGGCGAAGGAGGCCGGGUUCAACCUUUAUUUUUUGGGGUAUGAAGGGGAACAGGGGGCUGUUGUUGAGGGUGGUGAUACGGCGAAGAGGGAGGGGUUGUUGGAGCUGACUUGGAAUUACGGGACGGAGAAGGAGGAGGGGUUUAGUUACCAUGAUGGGAACAAGGGGCCGCAGGGGUUUGGGCAUAUUUGUGUUUCGGUUGAUAGCUUGGAGAAGGCGUGCGAGAGGUUUGAGGGGUUGGGGGUGAGCUGGAAGAAGAGGUUGACGGAUGGGAGGAUGAAGAAUGUGGCUUUUGUGUUAGAUCCGGAUGGGUAUUGGGUCGAGAUUGUGCAGAAUGAGAGGUUUGCGGAUAAGGCUAACUUUUGA